CCCCACCCCCACCCUCGUCCAUCUCGCCUCUCGAAUCCCAGGGCCACAGCCUGCCGUCUCAACCCGAUCCUCCCCUCCCCUCUUUCCAUUCCACAUCGCCUCGAUGCUCUGCUCCCGCUCGCUUGCAUCCCGCCUCAUUCAAACCGCACGCUCGGCUCGGCUGUCCGUUCGCCCGUUCUCGUCGACGCGCCCCAGCCAGAUCAGCUAUCAGCUCUCGGACGAGCAGCGCGAGCUGCAGGAGCUGGCUAGAAAAUUCACUCUGAACGAAAUCAUCCCCAAGGCGGCCCACCACGACCGCACGGGCGAGUAUCCCUCCGAAAUCCUCAAGAAGCUCUGGGAAGUCGGCUUGCUGAACCUGCAUGUCCCUCAAGAGUACGGCGGUCUCGGGUUGGGUGUGCUUGAGUGCGCCAUCGUCAGUGAGGAGCUGGCCUACGGAUGCACCGGCAUCCAGACGGCUGCCGAAGCCAACGGACUCGCGGAGGCACCCGUAAUCCUGGCCGGAAGCGACGCCCAGAAGAAAAAGUAUCUGGGUCGCAUGAUCGAGGAGCCGCUGAUGUGCGCCUACUGCGUGACCGAGCCCAUCGCCGGAUCCGAUGUUGCCGGCAUCCAGACCCGCGCCGUCAAGAAGGGCGACUCGUGGGUCAUCAACGGAAGCAAGAUGUGGAUCACCAACGGCGGCAAAGCGAACUGGUAUUUCGUCCUGGCCAAGACCGACCCGAGCGCCAGUGCCGGCAAGGCCUUCACGGGCUUCAUCGUCGAUGGCAACUCGCCCGGUAUCACUCUCGGCAAGAAGGAGAUCAACAUGGGACAGCGGGCCUCGGACACCCGCGCCGUCACUUUCGAGGAUGUCGUUGUCCCUGACGAAAACCGCCUCGGCGAUGUCGGAAAGGGAUUCAAAAUCGCCAUGGGUGCCUUUGAUAUCACCCGUCCACUCAUUGCCGCUGCCGCUGUAGGUCUGGCGCGACGAGCGCUGGAUGAGGCCACCAAGUACUCGCUCGAGCGCAAGACCAUGGGCAAGCCGAUCUGUGAGCAUCAGGCCAUCGCGUUCAUGCUGGCCGACAUGGGCAUCGGCGUCGAGGCUGCCCGCGGGCUGGUCUGGAAGUCUGCCUCGCUCAAGGACAAUGGCCAACGGAACACCCAGUACGCUGCUAUGGCUAAGGCAUUUGCCAGCGAGGUGGCCAACAAGAAUGCCGCAGAUGCUGUUCAAAUCUUUGGCGGAAACGGAUUCAACACAGAGUACCCUGUCGAGAAGCUCAUGAGAGAUGCCAAGAUCUUCAUGAUUUACGAGGGCACGAGCCAAAUCCAGCGCAUGAUCAUCUCACGGGGCAUCAUCGACAAUGCCGCCAAGGGCAACAACUUUGCAUGAGCGGCUCUGCGCUCGGAUGCCAGAUGCAUCAAAGCCACUGUUGGACAGUCUGUCCGUCAUAGGCCAAGCCGCGCGCUGAAUCCGUUGUUCUCUAUGGCUCUGCUUGGGAAGCCACAGCUAUGUAUUGUGUGGCCCGUGGCCAGCCGCAUCCUGGGAAGCAAUCCUCAGCACGGCCAUAU